GCGUCCCCCGCGCCAAGAACAUUUGCUGCUCCAAACUUUGGCCUGCGUCUUGGUACACACCCGACGGAUACAGAUACCAAAGCACGGAAUACCAGCCCAAACAGCCACAACACCGCGACGCAAUCCUCGAGAUACGGGCUUUGCGGGCCUCGCAUGCUUGCAUUGACUUGAGCACCCCCCGUGCGCGUGCCAAAAUGGAGGUCGCAGAAGUCAACACAGACAUAGUGCACCCCGAGGUGCGGGCACACAUCACCAGCCUGGUAUCAGCCCUCGGUGGCAUCAGCGUCGACGAUGGCGACGGCGACGGCUACAAGCUCGGAGACGACGCCCUCGAGGUUCUGCGCGACCUCAAGAAAUGGAUCCGCUUCUACGACGAAAAGACCAACCGCAUGGACGUCGCUCGCUGCCUCGCCGAAGCCAACCUUGUCGGCGGUGACCUGCUCCAGAUUCUCGCAUCGUGGCCCCCCAACUGCGCCGACAAUACCUACAAGGCCCGCAUCGCCCUGGCCUGCUUCGAGGUCAUGGUGCCCCUCACCUGGCCCAUCGAGAUGGACCGCGACAACAUGACCGUCAACCACUACCGCCACAUCCCCGUUCUCCAGCUAGCCCAGCUGGGCUACAAGCGUGCCAUCGUCAACUUCGAUGCCGCCCCCAUCCUCAGCACCGCCGUCCGGGUAGCCCUCCCGUCCAUGGCCCUCCCCAUUGGCCAACGCACGCCCCGAGACCAUGGCAUCAUCAAGCUCAUCCUCUAUUUCAUGCGGAAUGUUGCCGCCAUCAGCCCUCCCCAGGGCCUCAAGUACGACGGCGACGAGACCCAGAUCUCCCGCUCUACCCUUGUCGACGCCUUCUCCUUCCAGGACAUCUUCCUCACCCUGCUGACGGUAUCCUCCAACAUGGGAGACGACUUCCGCACCGAGGAUAUCAUCGUGCUCGACACCCUCUUCCACCUCGUCAAGCGCGUCGACUCGAGUAAGCUCUUCGUCAGCGAGAAGGAGGUCAACAAGGCAAAGUCAGACGAGCUCGCUGCGGCCAUGAAUAAGGAGGCCGCCAUGCUGCGAGCAUACAGCAAAACCGCACCCACCCGCCACAGCCGAUUUGGCACCAUGAUGUGGGUGAAGCGCGAGAAGGGCAAGAUGGCCACAGUCACGGGCCAAGAGGCUCUCCUCGACGCAGCCACCCGGGAGAGAAAGAUGGAUAGCAGCAAAAGCUUCAAGCCGCCGAGAAGGGCUAUAAAAGAUGGCAUGGAGCAGAAGAAUCUCGGGCCCCCGGCCACCCUCGACGAGAGGGCCCGUCAACAGCUCGGCUCAUUCGUGUCCGACUUUCUCGACUCUGGUUUUAACCCGCUGUUCCUCCACGUGCGCAAGUCCAUCGACCGGGGGGCACUCCAUGUUCUAGACUACCACAAGGACCAGUUCUUCUAUCUCAUCGCUUGGUUCUUGGAAGCCGAGCGAAUGCGAAUCAAGUCGAGAAAGGGGUCAAAAGAGACGCCUGCUGCUGAUGAGGUUGGCACCUUUAACCUUGUCGCCGAGGUUCUCAGCCAAGAAAUGUUCAUCACACUGAUGCGCCAUUUGGAUCGCGCCUUUGGCGACCACAACUGGACGCUAUUGACCACGGUCAUGCGUUGUUUCACCCAGAUUCUUCUUACUGUUCAAGACAUGGCCGACUCUGGGAACGAGGAGGAUGAGGAGAUUGCCGACAAUACCCUGAGCCGGCUGUUCUACGAGGAGACAACGCACGACGCAAUAGCCAACAUUGUUCGAACUUACAAGGACCAGGGCUUCGAGUACCUUGACGCCUGCACCGAGCUCGCCCACACCUUUUUGCGUAUUUUAGAGUCGUAUUCGAAGCAAAACGCGGACCUGCAGAUCCGCUCUCGGAAACGGGUGCGGCGCAAGAAGAAGGCUGCCAAAGCUGCCGAGGGCGAGGGCGAAGAUGGAGAUGGAGACCAAGAUGAGGGCGACGACGACUCCGCCAAUGACAAACAGCACGUCGAGAAGACCAGCCAGGAGAGGAAAUUUGACUUCCGCAGGUUCACCACCAGGUUUCUCCCCCAGGCCGUCGUCGACACGUUUGUCAAAUUCACCAGCUUCUACCGAGAUCUCAACGAUUCCCAGCUGAAACGCGCCCAUCGCUAUUUCUACAGGGUCGCGUUCAAGCUGGACAUGAGCGUCAUGAUAUUCCGCCUUGACAUCAUCCACCUCUUCUACAACAUGAUCAAAGGCCCUAAACCUCUAGACAAGGCUUCGUCUGUCUAUAAGGAUUGGGAGGAGCUGACCAAGCAGCUCAUCAAGAAGUGCGUGCGCAAGCUCGAGGAGAGGCCGGCCCUAUUUACCGAGCUCCUGUUUUCUAAGAUCAACAGCUCAGCUCACUAUCUCGAAUAUGGCUAUGAGAAGCAGACCAUGUCGUCAAACCCAAGGCCGGGCGCAGAGCUCGAGUUUAAAGGGGCGGUGGAACACGAUCGCCAGGUAGCUAUUGCCGUUGGCGUCCUCCUCGACAAGGGCCAAGCAGACCACCUAGAGUGGAUGAAGAAGCAGCUCUCCAAAGCCGAGGUCGACCGCCGGGCAUGGGAGAACGCCGAGAAGGCCCUGGCAGAAGCAGCUGGGGGGACGGCUGAGGAAAGCCUAGGCAAAGCUGCCCCACCGAUCACUGUUGUCCCAGAUGACGAUGCUCGCCGCACCGCCAUGUUCAAGAACCCUCACCUCCGCCUGCUUAUGAAACUCGUUGGCAUGGAGCGACUUGCUCCUACGCUCGACGAAACCCCCGAGUCAAGCUGGGUGUUUCCUGGCAGCCUCACCGCCGAAGGCCUCAAAGACUCGCUCGGCCUGAUAAAGAAAGCCGAAUUCACUCCACCAACUUUUGAAGACGACCAGAUGGCCGAGGAUCAGCUGCGCCGCAAGUCUGCCUUGCGUAAGCGUGUCGCUUACGAUGAUGACGACGGCAUGGAUGGUCUGAUCGAUGACGACGACAUGUUGUUCCCCAUGGGCGGACCAACUACGCGGAAGCAAACGGCCGAGGAUCAGCGCCCGAAGAAGAGACAGAAGCGGCAGCGCCGGGUCGGCAGCGAAGAGCCCGAUCUCCCCACGGAGGAGCAGCUCGAUGAGAAGGCCCGGGCCAGGCGUCUCAAACAGCUUGAGAAGCGCCGUAAGAUCAAGAGUACGCUGUACGUCGAAUCCAGCGGGGACGAGGGUAAGGAAGAGCGCGCCGCUUUCUUUGCAAGAGAGAAGGCUAGGCAACAGGCGAAGAACGAGACCUUCGGGCUGGCCACCACCACGGACGACGCCGACAAGUCGGCAUGGGAUAUGAUAGCCGGUGUCGAUGAUAGUGACGAGGAUGCGGGACCUUCGCAGGGCAAAGCACCCGCAAAGGCGAAAAAGAGGCCGACGACUAUGGCUGCUCUCAUUGCCAGCAGCGAUGAAGAUGACGAGGAUGACGACGACGAGGACGACGAGGACGAGGACGACGAUAAUGAUCACUCGGCAUCCAGUCAAGCGUCGCCGCCACGUCGGUCCCAGACGAAAACGAAGAGAACAAAACCGGCCAGAAGGCCGGCAAUGUCCAGUGAGGAGGAAGACAUGGGGGAUAACGAGCAGGAGGAUGAGGACGAGGAGGAGGAGGAUGAGGACGAGGAGGAGGAGGAGGAUGACGAUGAUGACGAUAUGGACUCGAAUCAAACGAGCCAGACGGCCCGUGCGGGCGAUACUCCCAUGCUAGACAGAGAUGCGGGCACACAGGGCACAUCGUUGUCAUUAAGUCCUGGCGGGGCGAAUGGCGCAGGAGGAAACACUCGGCAUUCGGCAACAGCAGGCGCUGUUGGUGGGGGAGACGACGAUGAUGACGACGACGAUCUCCCAGCCGCAGCCGUCUCCAAGGCGCAGCCAAGGGCCAGGGCAGGCUUCAUCGUCGACAGCAGCGACGAGGAAUAGUCACCAGGGGGUUCGUCGACAAUUCGGAAGUUCAAUAUCAUGUUCACUGCGAGGCGUUUCGGGAGGUCAUUGGGAAUCUAGCGGAUAGUGUUUUUUUUGCAAGCAUGUAGAAGCAAGGCUGUUUACUUGGUAUGGACUAGGCCAAGCAGGCAGGAAAGGCGGCGGAAAUAUACGAGCCAAAUACCUACUCUGCACUGAACGGGUGAGUAUUUACAUGGCUAAACUUGGUUUUAUCUUCAAGAUCAAACACGUAGUCGGGAUGGCGGGCUGUUGGGUAUCUAGGAAGUACGUAGGAGCCAAGGACCUCAGCUACAUGAUCUCUGUUUGUGCCUAUCUCUAACACAUACGACCAUACCCACUGGAAAAUUCGGGAUCCCGUCCGCUCUCCCAUAGACAAGCCAGUGA